ACAACAGAGAACCAUGUGGCUGCUAGGAUUACUGCUGCUGGCUGUCCAAGUGGCGGCCAAGCUUACCGAUCCUGAAGUAUCUGUCGAAGCGGCGUUUCAAGGCCACUGUGGACAUGGCAGUCCUUGCGAGCAGCUCUGCUACGAAUUGCACGAUGGAAUGUACGAAUGUGACUGCACUGAAGGCUUUGAACUGCAGAAAAAUGGCUACAGUUGCCAGGAAAUUAAUUCCACGUACCCGCCCAACGAGGACGAGGACCCCAACAUGGAGGAGGACGUCCUGUACCAGCGCGGCGCGUCAUUCAGCGCCAAGCUGGACGACUCCAAUGCUCACAUUUUCGACAAUACCCUCUUGACGAAGGGCGCGCACAAAAUCAACACCGCCGCCGGAAGUGACACUGGCCAGGGCGGAUUCGCCACGGUGUCGAGCGAGCUGAGCGACGACAAUUUCUACUCGAAGGAGGACAUGUCAGUCUAUGACGAUGUCAACAACAAUCGACUCAAUCUCCGGAGCAGAGAUUCGCAGCGCUACGAUGCGGCGGCACAGCAGGUGGACUCAUCGGAACCAUCCAUUGUCACGCCGUCCAGCACGACCGGAGAGCCACAUGUGUCCCAGAACAGGAGUGGAUCAAACAAGACAGCCACUGUGCUCAGCAGGGAGCCGUGCGUCCUGGACUGCGGAGUUGAUGGCUCGUGCGAUAACAGCGAUGGCCCAUCGAGGUGUCUCUGUCCAUUCGGCAAGACUGGACUCAAGUGCGACGAAGAUUUGAAAGUGUCUGUGCCGCGCUUCUCCAAACACUCCUGGAUGUCCUUUCCCGCCCUUCGUGGUGCCUACAAGCAUGUCCAGCUGCACAUCGAGUUCCGGCCGGAGACUUUUGACGGGAUAAUACUAUUGACUGGCGAACGGGAUGAUCUCACUGGUGACUUCAUGGCAGUUCUCAUCCAUCAGGGAUUCAUUGAAUUCUGGUUCGACUGCGGUUCUGGUACCGGCAAAGUGCAAUCUGAAGAAACUGUUGUGCUAAAUCAGUGGAACACCGUCACGGUUUAUCGACACAGAUGGGAUGCAUGGCUGCUCCUCAAUCAGGGAAAUCGUGUCCAGGGACGAUCCAAAGGCCUCUUCUCCAGGAUCACCUUCAGGGAGCCGGUGUUUCUGGGCGGGACGGGAAACAUCACUGGAAUGGCGAGGAAGUUGCCGGUCAACGAGGGCUUUGUGGGCUGCGUGAGGAAGUUCAUUGCUAACGAGCAUGAGUACGAGUUUAAUAUUUCACCUUCUGGCGACGUCAACCAGGGCUUCGAUGUGCAGGAGUGCUCCACAGAUCGCUGCAGCCGAUACCCAUGUCGCCACGGCGGCAAAUGCCUGCCCUCCGAUCAGGGUGCCAUUUGUCUGUGUCCCCUCGGCUUUGGUGGUGAUUUAUGCGAGAUGCGACUGGACUUACAGGUGCCUUCAUUUAAUGGAUCAUCUUAUUUGCGAUUCGCCCCGCUCGGAGACUCUGCACUCAUUUGGCUGGAGUUUAAGAUCAUUAUAAAGCCGCAGCAGGAGGACGGUCUGUUGCUCUACAGUGGCCAUCACGACUAUGGUGAUUACAUAUCAUUGUGCCUCAAUAUGGGUCACAUGGAGUUCACAUUCGAUCUUGGCAGUGGACCAGCAACAGUCCGGAGUGAAUUUCCACUGUCCAUGGGUCAAUGGCACACUGUGAAGAUUUCCCGAACAGCCCGAUUGGCCGUGAUGAAGGUCGAUCAACUGGCGGAAGUGAUGACCAUUUCGCCAAAUGGAUUCUGGCAUUUGUCACUGCCACACAGUUUGUUCCUCGGCGGUGUGCAGAACACCCAAAUUCUGCCGUCCAAUUUGAAGGAGAAAGGCACCUUCGUGGGAUGCAUUCAAAAGAUGGAGGUCAAUGGCCGACCUUAUGCGAUCAUUUCGGAGGCUCUUGGCGGAUCCAACAUUGAGAACUGUCCUCACGCUUGCGUGGCACGUCCUUGUGGACCCUUGGCUCUGUGCGUUCCCAAUCUGGACUCCUACGAGUGUCAGUGCAGUCCAUCAAAUGGUCCCUGCCAUCGAGCUGAAGAGGAGGCGCGCCGCGAGGAAAUGCUGCGAACCACAACAACUACAACAACCACUUCAACGACAACCACGCCAGCUCCUGAAAAGGAGGAGCCGGAGCAGGAAUAUGACGAUGAUUACUACGUUGAGGAUGUUGAGGAGGAGCAAGUGACGACAGAGAAUCCGCUGAAGAUCGAGGGACGUCAAGACGGAGGGUAUUUGGAUGACUGGGACGACGAGACAGUCAAUAAUGGUCAAUUCCUCUCCAUGAACGAUAAUAGUGAUGAAUUGCCCGAUGAUGACAGAUGGAUUCUGCGGGAUGAGAAGGAGGAAGCACCUGUCGAUGCUGACAAAUCACUCGACGACGAUCAGAAGCCACUUCUGCAACUCGACGCAGAUGAUUCGCUCUUCGAAGAACCGGACUUCGAUGAUGAGAUGCGACGCAUCAUGAAGGAGCGUCCGGAAGACGAGUCCUGGCGUGAGAUUCACCACGGACUGAAGAGGAAGAAGAGCCACGGCGCCUGUUUCACCGGACACGACAGCUUCUUCCACUACAGCGACGCCGAGACUCUGGCUCAGAUCAUCAGUUACUCAACAGACGUGAAUCUGCGCUUCAAGUCGCACUCGAAGAAUGGUUUGCUGCUCUGGACAGGACGACAGAGUGCUCGUCCCGACGAUGACUUCCUCUCGCUGGGCAUUGAGAAAGGUUUCCUCCACCUGAGAUACAAUCUGGGCUCCGGAGAUGUGGACAUCAAGUACAACUUCACGCGAGUGAGCGACGGGCUGUGGCAUCGAGUGCGCCUCGUGAGGAACUUGCAGGAGGGUUCGCUGGAGGUGGACGGCGGAAGGGCGGCCGUGCGGAAGGCGCCGGGAAGACUUAGGCAAUUGAACACGAACACUGGGCUUUACGUGGGUGGAAUGCCAGAGACUUCGCACUACACCCGCCGGAAAUACAGCGCUGGCAUCGUUGGCUGCAUCUCGGAAGUAAUCCUGGGCGGUCAGGUGCGCUUGAAUCUCGACUCGAGCGUCCUGGGAACGGCGCACAACGUCCAAAUAGGAGUUCUCUGAAGGCAUAUUCACUCCUGAACUCACAGAGAAAGCUUCUAGAUCAAUGCACCAACCAUGCGGAAUUUUUCUAUGAUGUCCCUGACAAGGAGAUUUUACACUGAAAGCGUGCAGAAAAAAGCACGCGAGUCAAUUUGAGUUUUUGAGCAGAGAAAUGCGACAAAUUGAGUGGCAAUUUUUUGGAAAAGUGGUCAAUUGAUGAAAGAGUUUCCUAUAAAAAAUGAAAAGCACAUAAGUUGAGUAAUAAUUUUAUGAAAUACUUGCAUAUCUUUUCUAAAAGGGGGUGAAGAGCAGAUGUUUUUAACCCUUGCAAUACCACAACACAAAUAUAUCAAUUUCCAACAAUUCAGGCAAUUUUUCAAUUUUCUUAAGCAUUUUCUGCAAACCACUGAUGAUGAUAUUAAGACGUAUAUAUUUUACCAAUCACAACUAGAGCAAGCAGAUAUUUAAUUAACAGGGUGUGAGAUUUUGAGCGCAGAGAGUUUAGUGGGAGAGAUUGAACAAAUGAAGUAAAAUAGGUGUUAAAUUGAACGAAGGACGAGAGUUGGUGGAACAGAAAUGUAGUCAUAAUCGAUAAAUGUGUAUUAUUAAGGGUGAAAGAUGAGACCUAAAUCUGUAAAUAGAGAAGAAAACUGUUAAUGGAGGGAUGUAAAACCAUGAAUAUUUCAAGUGCUUUAAGAGUUCUAAUCAUUGUUACUUCAACGUCUGUAUUUUCUUGUACAAUACACAAAAAAAACACAACUUCUAUCAAAACCCAACACUUCUCUAAUCUCUAACGACAAAAAAGAAUCUAACAAUCUGGACAGUUUUCACGGAGCAGAGAGAGAAAAAGUGCAAAAACGCGACACCCUAGAACGAAAAAAAAAAAUGGAAGACAUUUUGUAAAACUGACAGAAUACAGCGCAGUUUUAAUUAGUGGAUGUACUUUUUAGAUGUUAUAGAAGAGAACCAAAAUGCCGAAUAAUUCCCAAUCAGAGCAUAUCUCGUCAAUUAUCCCUUGGCGACAUUGCACAUCACACACGCGUCAGGACUUAACGAAGCUGCCGUUUAGUCUGUCAUGGCGGACAUAUUGAAUAAAAGCGAUGCUCUUAUGGACAAAAAUUGUGAGGAAUACACAUCAGCAUAUGCAUUGCAAUUAGGAAGUAAGGAAGAAUGAUGAGACAAUGUACAUAGACAAUGGUAUAAUCAUAACAGACAAUUUAUAGACUGUGUAUUUGCAAUUAGACGUAUCUUUAGAGAGAGACAGAGAGAGUGGGCGAACAUCACACACUUUGGAACAAAAUGUCAAUGUACAUAUUUAAAAUGAAAGGAAAAGCGCGCGGCAGAGGAGAUAAAAAAAAAUGCUUCAUGAGUGUCACAAGGCGAAUUAUUUUUUAAAAAUAUCUCUCAAUACGCGACAAUGCGGAAAAAUUGCUGAAAUAGGAAAUGUGUAGAUGAACAUAUCAGCGGAAUUGCAAUUGAUUUUCACACACGAAUGAUUUGUCUGCAAAAGCACCAGCAAAAAUCACUUUUCAUGGACGAAAUUUGGUAAUUGUAACUGUAAUUUGAGUAUAUAUGCGCUAACUAUAGGAAUGAAUAGUAUCAAAUGAUUUUAUAUAAUCACCAUUAAAUCACUGCGUGUGAUAGGAGAGUCCAAUAAAGAGUAAAAAAU